ACAGGAAGAGGUGUAUGCCUGCCCUGUGAGUUUGUUAUGUGCAAAACUGAUUUAUGCAAUGCAGCUGGUCUAAAAAACUAAGACAUCAGUGGCACUUCUUAGACAUUUGGGUUUGAAUUCUUAAACUUUGGCACAGGCAUACAGUUAUCUACCAUUUGAGCUACAGUAACUACCGGCACGGGAGCUAUCAUCUGAGGGCACAACACAUGUGUAUGUGAACACCUGCAUCUAGAGAGUGGCUCAGGGGAACCUGGAGUGCAUCUUUGCCCACAUCCUCCCAAAAGGACAGAACAAGAUGGAUGAAGAAACUGACAUGACAACCUAUUAUUAUUAUAGUGGCUCAGAACCAUGCCAAAAAGCUGAUGUCAAAAAAUUUGCAUCCCAGUUUCUGCCACCACUUUAUUCUUUGGUGCUGAUAUUUGGCCUCCUAGGCAAUGCGCUAGUUGUGCUGAUCCUGAUAAAAUACAAGAAGCUGAGAAGCAUGACUGACAUCUAUCUACUGAAUCUGGCAAUUUCUGAUUUGCUUUUUAUUCUUUCCCUCCCAUUUUGGGCUUACUACGCAGCACGUGAGUGGGAUUUUGGAAAUGCAAUGUGUAAAAUUCUUUCAGGGGUCUAUUAUGCUGGCUUCUACAGCGUGACAAUAGAUAGAUAUCUGGCAAUUGUCUGUGCAAUGUUUACUAUAAAAGUUAGGACAGUUACCUAUGGCAUCCUCACAAGUGUGGUCAUUUGGGGUGUUGCAAUAUUAGCAUCUCUUCCAGGGUUUAUAUUUCACAAAGCUAAAAGGGAGUCAUCUCAUUUUACAUGUAGCCCUCAUUAUCCAUUGGGACAGGAAAGUAAAUGGAAGCAAUUCCAGACUUUAAAGAUGAACAUCCUGGGACUUGUCGUGCCACUGGUCAUUAUGAUCUUUUGCUAUGCCGAGAUUAUAAAGACAUUACUGAGAUGUAGGAAUGAGAAAAAACAUAAGGCAGUCAGGCUUAUUUUUAUCAUAAUGAUUGUUUAUUUUCUUUUCUGGGCACCAUACAACAUAGUUAUUCUCAUAAACACUUUUCAAGAUUCAUUUUCCCUAAAAAACUGUAAGAGAAGCAGUCAGCUGGAGCUAGCAAUACAAGUGACAGAAGCAAUUGCAAUGAUCCACUGUUGUAUCAACCCCGUGAUCUAUGCCUUCGCUGGUGAAAAGUUUAGGAAAUAUCUUUAUACCUUUUUCCGAAACCACAUUGCAAUCCAUUUAUGUAAAUAUUGCCCAUUUCUCUAUGCUGAGGCACCUGACCGAGUUAGUUCCACAUGCACCCCAUCUACAGGGGAGCAGGAAUUCUCAGCUGCAUUGUGAAGGGUUUCUAAGUAAAAAAGUUACAUUCACUUUUGUGGAAACAGUUGUGCAAAGGACCAAAAUGCUUUGAAUACUUGGCUUUAAAGAGGCAACUAAAAGAGGGGUAACUACACAAUAUAGAUGCAGAUGAGUUUUCUCCAGGGAAAAACAGCAUUUGUUCAUACAAACGGGUAUUUGUACAUUUAAAAAGGGGGUGUGCAUACCUAACUCCUUACUUGGAUAUAUAAAUUUAGAUUUUGGUACAGACAUGUUCACCUCUUUUUUAGAAAAUACAAUAGAUAUGCCAUAUUUUGGUCAACUUGACCCUUGUGAUUUUGUUCUUUACACUAAGUCUCUGGGCUCAUGAAUAAACUUCCAAUGUACCAUUUCAGAGAGAGUAUAAUUUAGAACACGAAAUGAGGUCAGAAGUGGAGAUGCAUCAUCUUGAACUAACUCUCACAUCUUAGUACGAGAUAUGCCACUCAUUUGUAUUCAAAUGUAUUUCAUCUCACACAAACCUGGUGCUAUAUCAGUGUUAACUACGUUAAAUUGACAUCUGUAAUACAAAAUCUUAAAAUUGAGAUCCUAGAAAAUGCCAUACAUUUUGGGAGGGGGGGGGGAAAUCCAGCAUUUCUAGUUGCUCCUGCUUUUUUUUGGUUGUGUAUUGUCUUUUUUCACACUAAAUUUUAAUUUGUUAACUAUAUGGUCCUGCUAAAUCAUAUAUAAGUUAUUUACAAGAUAUGUAAAAUAUACUUAAAAUAAUCAUUUUAAAUCAAUGGUUGUUUCAAGUAGAUGAUUCUGUUUCAUGGUCAAGAAAUUAACAAAAUAUGCACACCCCUCCCAUCAACAAAAAGUUUAUAAAUUAGUACAGAUUGAUUAGUAACUCAAUUCUUGUGCAAUACUCGAGAGAGACAUUAUAUAUAUAGGGAUUGAAUUGGGCUGGAUCAUACCAGAUCAGUAAUAUGGUUGUUUAGAGGUUUGGGAAGGUUGUUUAAUAGCAUUUUUUCUAAAUUAAGUUAACUCAAAUGCCAAUGCUAAUAAUUUAUGUGUCUACAUUAACCAUCUGAUUGCUGAUCAAAGCACCUAAGAAAGCAAAAGAAGGAUCACAACUCUGCGUAAUCUACUGUAUGUGGCAUCCCAUUUUGAUGCUGCAAGUAGAUGGUAUCUGGGAGAUUGCAUUUUUCCCCCAAUUCAAUCCCUGUCUAGAAGUGUUAAGCAUUUUUGUUGGUAUAGUAGUAGGACAUUAUCCAGCCAUUAUUUUGUACCUAAAACUCCCACAGUGUUUAAUGAGAGUUUUGAUGAGAUGGAUAGCAGAAUAUAAGCAGGCUAUUCCAUAAAAUGUAGGUCCAGCAAAGAACUUAAACAGAUAACUUGAAGCAUGUGGGUACUCAUGUGCAUGAGAUCAUGCAUGUGCUUUAGAGUUUUGAUGGAUCAGGGACACCCUCUCUGGGAAUUCUUGCACUUCCUUUGAAAUAUCUGGUUUUGGCCACCGUCAGAGACAGGAUUCUGGACUAGAUGGACCCACUCUUUUGAUCUAGUAUGGCAAUCCCUGUUUCUUUGUUUUUAUAAA